GCUGGCAAUCUGACUCGCCGGGUCAACGCUGCAGCCGCGGUCGAGACUUCGUUUUGCCUAGCCUCUUCUCAGGAGCCUAGCGGCUUACCUGGCUCCAGUACUGGAGCAGCAGCCACUGCUGCUACCCGCAGCAGUACUCUCAGUGUUGGUGGCGUCGUCGUCGUCUUCUUCCUCCUCGUCACCGUGGCCGCGGCCGGCGACGGCACGACGGCGGCGGGCGUGGUGGCGGUGGAGGUCGGGGUGAUACUGGACCUGGCGACGGAGCUGGGGAAGAAGAGCCUGCUGAGCAUGGAGAUGGCGCUGGAGGACGUGUACGCGGCGCGCCCGGAGUUGGGCACCCGCGUCAGGCUGCGCGCCAGGGACUCCGACGGCGACGUCGUCACCGCCGCAUCUGCAGCAAUAGAUCUCAUCAGCAAAGAAAAUGUUGCAGUUGUUAUUGGUCCUCAGAGCACGCUACAAGCAGAGUUUGUGGCUUACCUAGCAAACAAGACCAAGGUUCCUGUGAUCACUUUCUCGGCAACAGGUGAUGCCGUCACUCGGUUUCAUGUCCCAUACUUCAUCCGUGCUUGUGUCAAGGACUCCUUCCAGGUGGCCUCCAUUGCUGCCUUCGUCAAAGCCUAUGACUGGAGAAAUGUUGUUCUUGUCUAUGAGGACAGCAACUAUGGUGUUGGCAUUCUCCCUUCCAUUACUGAUGCAUUACAAGAGGUUGGGGCAAAUGUCAUCAACCGGUCUGCCUUGCCUGCUUCUUCCUCCAAUAACCGUAUUGAUGUGGAACUAUACAAGCUCAUGACCAUGCAGACUCGUGUCUUCAUUGUCCACAUGUUGCCAGCCCGUGCUGCCCGCCUCUUUGCAAGGGCAAAAGCACUAGGUAUGAUGGCUGAAGGCUAUGUCUGGAUUGUCACAGACAGCAUUGGUAUUGUCCUUGAUGUGCUCCCUGAAAAUACCAUUGAAACGAUGCAAGGAAUUGUUAGCUUUCGGCCAUAUAUAACAGAGUCUACAAGGAUCCUUGAUUUCAUUUCUCUAUUUACUACCUUAUUCGUCAGUAAAUACCAUCCAAAUACUGAUAUUAGGAUGGCAAAACCCACUGCCUUUCAAUACUGGGCAUACGAUGUGGUAUGGGCAGUUGCAACAGCAAUUGAGAAGGUUCAUAGGUCCACUUCUUUGAAUCCAAGCUUUCAUAUUGGGGGAAACAUAGGCAAGAACUUAGUAGAUGAUCUCCCGGCGUUUCCCACUGGGCCAGAACUUCUCAAUUCCAUUUUGCAAGGGGAGUUUGAUGGAUUGGCUGGGAAAUUCAGGCUUGUUGAUAGGCAUAUGCAAGUUCCCAUAUAUGAGGUUGUCAAUGUGAUUGGAGAGAAAGCUAGAGUGAUUGGGUUUUGGAGCUCUGAUUCUGGACUCGCAAUGUCUAUGAACUCAACAAUUAUCCAUGGCGAGUCUAAAUUUAGCACAAGUUCAGUUGGCCUGAAAAAUAUCAUCUGGCCAGGAGAUUCAACAACAGUGCCCAAAGGCUGGGAUUUCCCAGUGAAUGCUAAGAUACUCCGGAUUGGUGUGCCUACGAGACAUGACUUUAAAACUUUUGUGAAGGUUGAGACUAAUCCUAACACCAAUAGAUCAAGUGUCAGUGGCUAUAGCAUUGAUGUGUUUGAAGCUGCUGUCAAGAGAUUACCGUAUGCUCUACGCUACGAGUACAUUCCCUACGACUGUGCUAAUUCAUAUGACCAGCUGGUAUCCCAGGUUUUUUUCAAGAACUUUGAUGCAGCAGUCGGUGAUGUGACAAUUACUGCUGACAGAACUAGAUAUGCAGAUUUCACAAUGCCGUACACAGAGUCUGGUGUAUCGAUGCUUGUCCUAGCUAAGGAUGGCAAUGAACCAACCAUUUGGAUCUUCCUGAAGCCACUAACAAAGGAUCUUUGGAUUGCUAUUAUAGUCUUUAUCUUCUUCAUAGGCCUAGUUGUGUGGGCAAUUGAAAGGUCUACUACUAAUGGCGCAUUCCGAGGGCCAAGUUCACGACAGUGCAGCGCUGCUUUCUACUUUGCAUUCUCUACUAUGACCUUUUCGCAUGGUCAAGUUAAAAGCCUUCUAUCAAAAAUUGUGGUGGUAAUCUGGUGCUUUGUCAUGAUAGUUCUAGUGCAGAGCUAUACAGCAAGUUUGUCGUCAAUGCUAACUGCAGAGAGGCUCCAGCCUUCGGUGACUGAUCUGAGACAACUUUUGCUCAAUGGCGAUUUUGUUGGAUACCAGAAUGGAUCAUUUGUGCACUCAAUGCUGAAGCAACUUGGAUUUGAUGAGCGCAAGAUUAAAGUCUACAGCAAGCAGGAGGAAUAUGCAAACGCCCUAAGGACGGGAUCAAAGCAUGGAGGGGUUUCUGCUAUCUUUGAUGAGAUACCCUAUCUAAAUUCUUUCCUCUCACAAUAUGGUAAAGAGUUCCAGAUAGUUGGUCCCAUUGACAGAACUGGUGGAUUUGGUUUUGUUUUACCCAAAGGCUCUCCAUUGGUACCAGAUCUUUCAAGGGCCAUCUUGAGCUUAUCAGAGGGGCCUGAAGGUUUGAGAAUCGAAAAGAAAUGGUCCGUGGAUCCAACCCCGUAUUUCAAUUAUGGCAGUCACGAAUCUGACUCACGUCUCAGCUUUCAGAGCUUCAAAGGUCUCUUCAUUAUCACUGGAUGCGUUCUGAUUGCCAUGCUGUUGCUAAACUUUGGCAAGGUUAGAUAUGCCAAAUGCAGAAAUGAGGAAGGUGUUUGUAGCCAUGAACCUCAACCAGUGCAGAUUGGCAUGGUUAACAACUCCGUGCCUUCUGAUACCCUCUAGAUUAGUACAAGAAACUAGAAAUAACUAUAGUGUUACUACUUACCAGUUGAAUCUGCACCAACUCCAACUACUCCAAGUCACUGCAAUUGCUCUGAAGCUACCAAAGAAGAUCUCUUGAGUUGACCUGCUUGCUCCAGCAUGUGGUCUUUGCUUUAAUGUAUGCUUCUUCCAUUGCUUUUAGUUAGUCGAUUGCAAGAUAUUCUAGAACUCUGACAAUAACUGUAUUGCAACACAAACAUGCUGAAAGAUAUUCAGUUGAUGUGUUUUUUCUUGGCAUAAGUCAAUUGUAAGCUAGCUAUAUUCUAAAACUCCAGAUCCCCAAUAAUACACAAACACGCUGAACGAUAUCUUGCAAUGAUGUUUUU